CGGUGUAACCUUUUCUCGAGAGCCUCCCAUAAAUACUCUUUCCCUUCGUCUCUGUCCACACGCCUGUAGGAACUGCACACAUCUCUUUCUCUCUCUCUAGAGUGAAGACACCCCUUCUCUCUCUAUCUCAAAUAACCAGAAAUGAGGCCUAAGUCUAAUCUAGCUCUCUCUUAGAUUAAGCCCUAGUUUCGUAGGUCCAGGACCCAUAAAAAUGGGUUCCUGUUUGAAUCCAUGUGCACAUUUAUUGUUGGUAAACAAUAGGUGGAGGCUGAGCUAUGACAAUGUGUUCCCUUCUGGUUAUUUCAGUCCAAAUUGGUCCCUUAAAGUUUAUGUAUCAAAGCAGAGAGGCCUUCGGUUUUCGCCUAAUGCUUCUUCAUAUGCAAAUGUUAAAGCCUCCUGGAUAGUUCCAGAUCGAGACAAGGCUGAUGCAUAUGGUGGUUGGUUUUCUGAUAGCAUGCCAAAGGAGAAAAACCAACGAGGUAUUCUAUAUGUGGGCAUUGGGGCAUCUGUUUGGAUUUUGCUUGCUGCUUUGGCUCACUCUGCAUUCUCAAGCAAAGGUUUGAAGUUUCAAUUAUAUUCUCAGCUAAGACCACUUCAUGCCAUUCAGGGGUUCUUUAUGCCAUCAAGGCAUGGAGCUGAUUCUAUGGGAGCUUCUGAAACUGAUGUUUCAGGAGUCAAUCAGAUCACUUACACAGACGGGCCCUAUGAUAGUGAAAUGGUAGAUAAUGCACUUGACAAAAUGAAGGCAAGCACUUCUCAAGCAUCAACACAAAAGCUUGAAUCAUUAAUUAUCCCACUUGCUGUUGAUUCCACUCAACAGGAGUCUGUAUCAGUCCUCAAGAAAUUGAAGAUAAUUGAGGACUCUGUUAAUCCAGAAGCAUUGUGUACCAGACGAGAAUACGUGCGAUGGCUUCUUAAAGCAAAUUCUCUUUUGGAAAGGAGUGCCAAAUGCCGAUUAUUUCUGCCUACAUAUGUUGCGGGUUCCCCAGACCCAUCAUUUGAUGACAUUAGUCCAAAUGACUCAGACUUUUGUUAUAUCCAAGCCCUUGCAGAAUCUGGCAUUGUUCUGAGCAAGUUAACAGUAAAUCAAUCCGGGGGUGUUGAUAAUGAUAACUCAACAUGUCAGCAGAGAAUAGAAUUUUCCCCUGACAGCUUAAUAUCUCGACUGGACUUGAUGAACUGGAAGACAAUGCUGGAAUAUUCCGUCUAUCCAGAAGUUGAUGAUAAGAUGUUACUGAAAGUGGAUUUUAUGGACGUGAUGGCAAUGGAACAAGAUGCCUCUAUAGAGCUUUUUAUGGAUAUGCUUGCUGGUGAUGGCAGCAUAGUGAGAAGAGUUUUCGGGCAGAGUAGGCGCUUUCAGCCUCGCAAACCAGUCACAAAAGCACAGGCAGCAGUCGCCUUAACAAGUGGCAGGGCAGCGGAGGCAAUUCAGGUAGAAUUAAUACGACUCGAGGCCGAGAAGAUGGAAAGAGAAGCAAAUAUGAAGGACAUAAGGUCUGAGUUACUUCAAAAGGGAGAAAUACAACAGUUUUGGGAAGAGAAAAAGAAUAAUUUGAAAAUCUAUUGGUUGGGAGUGGAGAGAGAUUAUCAGGAGGCUGUUAAGGAUUUACAGGAGAGAGAGAAGAGAGAUGAGACUCUAGAUGAGUGGUCUAAGGAGAGAGUGGCGAUUGUUUGUAGAAAAGAGUUAUUAUCUGAGAUCAAGAGAGAGGUUGAUGAGAUGACUGCAAAGCUGGCAUCUGAGAGAGAGAGACUCUCUAGAGAAAGGCAAAUCUUAAAUGAAAUGUUGGGUGAAGUGCAGAGUAGGUGGGGUGAUGUGGUGGAGGCGAAAUCUGUAUUGGAAGCAGAAAUUGAGGCUAUUCGGAUUCUCAGGUCUUGGGUCGAGGAUGAAGCAAAGCGAAAUGAAGCUCGAGCAAAACUGUUGGUUGCGGCUCAGAGCAGAUGGAACUGGGUUGAGUCCAAGGUUUCUAAUGGAAGCAGUUGAAGAGGAAGUUGAUGUCACUCUAAGGAAAAUUGAGUUACGGAACUUGUUGCAGUUAAAUGGUAAGAGAAGGUACGAAAUGUAGAUGGCGUUUAAAGGAAAAUUGUAUGAACCUUGAUUCAAUUAAAGGAGGUCGGAUAGCGCAUAAUAACAAUGUUUUCUGGUUCUUCAGACACCCGUUGUUUGACAUGUGUUAUUUUGCUAGUUAGAUUUUGGGAUCAAGAGAUAUUGGUGAAAUCAAACGAUUGGUGUGUUUUACCGGUGCUACAUGACGUUGGAUGGUGUUUCAACAAAUUCUCUUUUGGAUGGA